AUGCUUCGUGUUGGAGAUCUUGAUCGUUCUAUUGCUUUCUAUGAGAAGGCUUUUGGUAUGGAGCUUAUACGCAAAAGAGAUAGUCCUGAAUAUAAAUAUAUGAUUGCAAUGAUGGGGUAUGGACCCGAAAGUAAAAAUUGUUUAUUGGAAUUGACUUAUAAUUAUGGAGUCACGGAAUACGAUAAGGGCAAUGCUUAUGCACAGAUGGCGAUAGGGACAAAUGAUGUUUAUAAAUCUGCGGAAGCACUUAAGGUUUUUAGCGGGAAAAUUACAAGAGAACCUGGACCAUUACCUGAUAUUGAUACCAAAAUUACAGCAUGUUUGGAUCCCGAUGGUUGGAAAAUGGUUCUUGUUGAUAAUGUGGAUUUUUGA